GGUUGUUCCAUGUAAACACACUGUAUCCCACAAUUCACCACAGGUUGAUCAGCAUUGGAAAUGUUAGAACAGCAAAAAGAUUCAAUAAGAGGUUAACAGAAUGUCUUGAUAACUGGAAUUAGUUGGUAAAUUUCUGUGACUUUUGGUGAUAAGAUUUUGCCAUCAAACGAAAUGGCUCACACGACUCAUUCGUCCUUACCAUCAAUCGAAGAACGCAGUGUUACAAAUGCAAAACGUUUCAAGUUUUGCAGAAAUGGGGACAAAAACUUUGGACCUAAAAUGGUCACAUGUAAUGAAAAGAAAGUCAGGAAUUUUGAAAAAUUUCUAGAGCAGCUAACAAAUGAUGUUAAAUUAAACACGGGUGGUUCUGUUUAUCGAGUUUACACACCACGACAUGGAACUAGAGUCACCGAUUUGCAACAUUUUCAGGAAGGAGAGUGUUAUGUGGUUGCUGGAAAAGAAAAAUUUCUUCCUAUGGGAUACACAGCCAUAGAAGGUCAUAGUCCAAGGCCAUCCAAAAUAAAUAAAACCAAUUUUAAUAAUAGGAUUGAACCAGUUUUUCACAGCAAAAUACGACAAGAUGCCAGAUUUAGACAAAGUCAAUCUUUCGCUAGCAAAGCCAAGCGUAUCACGGUUGCUAUUAACAAUGAUGAAAUUGAUCAUCCUCAUGUUAUAUUAAUCCCUGCCAAGAAAGCCAAUGAUCUCCCCAGUAUCAUAGAAACGGUGGCUAAAGACCUGGAGGAGAGGGGUGUUCACCACCGAGUCGAAUAUUUAGUGGACACAGAUUCUGAGGUAGUCUGUACAAAUGCUGAUGAUAUCAUUGAGGAUCACAUAUACGUCGCUUGUAACAAAGCCAGUCGAUAUAAGCACAAGACAUACACCAGGGACGGAAGGAAAAACUUUGUAGUCAUCCCCUCACCACGCCCCCUACAAACCCUUCCUCCCAUUGGUUCCAAAAACUACAAAGGUUCCCCUGACAACUCAGUAGCAUCAAACCCAGAAUAUAGGAGGAAACCCAAUCAAGCUAACGGUGCAAUUCACACAAAGCCACAGAAACAUAAACGUACCCCAGAGAAGAAACCCAAGCAGACAGACUAUGAUAAAGAUGAUGGUGGUGUCUUUAAGGCUAAGGACACAAACAAACACACAAAGGGAGCUAAGGAGGUAGGGGAGACAAAAGAUACACGGACAGACCUCCCCAUAGAUCAGGUCCCCGCGGAGGAGGUGAAGGAUGAAAAGAUCAAAAGUCAGCGAACACCAAAGGCACCCCAGAAUUCUAUGAAAGAUAAAAAUGCAAAAUCUAGUACAAAACCAGACAAAAAGGAAACAACCCAAAAAACCAACAGCAAAACAAACAACAACAACAACAACAAUAAAUCUAAUACAAAUCAGAAAACAGCUGACCAUUCACAUGGUUCAAAGGAUCCUACCCCUAAAAAACAUUCAGGAACGAGAGGAGAGUUCAACAAUGUGUCUCCUCUGCCAGACAUAGGGCAGCAAAACAGGUCCUCAACGCCAGUGGGACGAAAUGGUCAAAUGUCUCCAACUCAGAAAGAGAAAGAUCAGGCUGCAGCAAAAAUACAAGCAAAUUACCGAGGCCAUAAAACAAGGCAAGAACUUGCCAAACAGAAAGAGGAUGCCAACAAAAAAGAUGCUCUGAACAAACCAGCAGAUACCAAAAAGGAUGAUAAGAAGCCAGAUCAGAAACCGAAAGCAGAUACCAAGAAAAAGGAAAUGAAAGAAGAUGAAGCAGCAACGAAAAUUCAAGCAGGAUUCCGGGGACACAAAACUCGCCAAGACCUUAAGAAACAACAAGGAAAUCAACAGGUAAAGGAUGCUAAAAACUCUUCAGUUAAUACAGGUAAGACCACCUCUAAAGGUGGACAGAAACAGAGUGAAGAAGACAAAGCAGCCACAAAAAUACAGGCUGGAUUCAGAGGACACAAAACAAGAAAGAAAUUAGCAGAGAAGAAGGCAGAAGAGGAGGAAUUAAAUCAAGCUGCAACCAAGAUCCAAGCCAACUACAGAGGCCACAAGACAAGGGAAGAACUGAAAAAGAACCAAGCACCUGCCACCAAGACAAAUCAGUUUAAUGAGGAGGAGGAAAAGGCUGCAACCAAAAUCCAAGCUGGCUUUCGAGGUCAUCAAACUAGAAAACAAUUAAAUCAACAGGUAUGUUACCCAGGAGCACCAACUGCAGUUGUUGUUAAGUCUGUUAAACCUAAAUCAUCAAAUUAUCUCAUUAAUAGAAAUGACACUGAAAUAGAAGAUGAAGAAAAUGAAUUGAAAUUAAUUGAGAGAAGGCGUAAAGCUGUUACUGAUAUUCAGGUCUGUGUAAAAGCCUUUUUGAAGCAAAAUUCUAGGUUGUCAUCAGCAUCUUGUCUGUCUCUGGGGUCAAGGAGUUGGUCUGGUUUUUCUCAAAGAGAAGUAGAUUUUGAUGGAGAUAGUGUUGAUGUGGCAAAAUUUAAAGCUAAAAAGAUAUUCAGUGGCUUUGUUACUUUUCUCCAAUCUUCUUUUAGGGCUUCCCUUGUAAGAAAGGCUCAGAGUGAGAAUGAAAGAAUGCUGAAAGAGAGAGAAAUUAAAAUGAUUGAAGAGAGGAGAAAGAAAGCUGUCAGUUUAAUGCAAAGUGCAAGCAGAAGUUUAGUUACUCUUAGUUUGCAGAAAGAAAAGACCAAAGAACAAGAGAUUCUUUUGAAAGAUAUGUCUGAAUGGAGUAGUCAGAAAAUAAGUUCUCUUGCAAUAAUACAGAGAAGAUGCAAAGAAUAUGUUACAAUGCGAAACACAGGUAAGCAUAAAGAAAAAAGAAUUGUGAAGGAUUCGACUGUAAUCCAAUCAAACUUUAGGAUGUUUCUUACAAGAUUGGCACUGAAAAACAGAUUGCUUAGAAAAGAAAUCCUUCAGGUAAGAUCCUUUGCACAGGAAGAAGUUUUCAAUAUAUUCAAGUCCAUGGAAGAGAAGGAGACAGCAGUGAUGAAAAUACAGGCAGGGUAUAGGGGAAUGAAGGUGCGAGAAAGCUUAGUAAAAAUUUCAAUUUCCCAAAGCUUGACAAAGGAAGAUUCACAGGAUGAACAAAGCUAUAGAAUGAAUAAAAUUGUUAAGGACUUGACUUUUAUCCAGUCAAAUUUUAGGAUGUGUCUUACAAGAUUAGCACUGAAAAACCGAUUGAUCAGAAAAGAAAUCCUUCAGGUAAGAUCCUUUGCACAAGAAGAAGUUUUCAAUAUAUUCAAGUCCAUCGAAGAGAAGGAGACAGCAGUGAUGAAAAUACAGGCAGGGUAUAGGGGAAUGAAGGUGCGAGAGAGCUUCAAUAAGAUGUCUGUUCCAACAAGCUUGACAAAGGAUGAUUCACACAAUAUUGAUAAAGUUGGAGAGGGUGGAAAACAGAGUGCUUUAAGGCAGCAUCCUCUAAUACAAAGAAAAAAAUCAGGCAAGGAAAGGGACAUCAUUGAUGCAAAAUAUUUUGAAGCCAUUACAUUCUUACAAGUUAGUGUAAAGAGUUUUUUACAAAACAGAAUGGUUAUGCACACUGUAGAUAAUGUAGAAAAUUUGGUAAAUUUGAAAAAUAUCAAAAGAAGAGAUGAUGGGGAUGGAAAGAGUAUUUCCAUAGUGUUUGAUGAACUGGAACCAAAUGAAAAUCAUGAUGGUGCUGUAUCAAAUAUUGCUUCUGCUCCUUUGGAGAAAGAACUUGUUUCGAUAAACUCUCCAAUUGAAGAACAGGAACGACAUGCAGGAGAUGGUGCAAGUGUUUUAACUGUACCUAUUUCACCAACUGAGAAAAAAGAUGAUGGGGACAGGCAGAGUAAUGCAAGUGCCCACCUUGGAGAUGAUGGUGAUGGGAAAAGUCUCUUUCAGGUGGAUGUAAACAAUACUUUAGAUUCUUCUUUAAAACUGGACAAUGUUGAGGAAAAAAAUCAAAAUAAGAAUUUAGAAGAGAUAGAAAUUGAAAGAGAUCAUGCAGCAUUAAAAAUUCAAUCUGCAUUCAGAUCAUUCCAAACUAGGAAAAGAUUGUUGAACAAUGUUGAAAUUACAGAUAGGUCAAAGGACAAGGGACUUGAAAUGGAGAGAGCAGCUAUUAGAAUACAAGCAUCAUACCGAAGGUACAGUUGUAGAAAGAAAGUUCUAGAAGAACAAAACUGUGAGGAUAACAACACAAACGAUUUUAAAGAAAACGAAGAUGGAGUCACCAACUCGCAAAAUACAGAAUUUGAAGAUGAUGGAGAUGGAAGAAGUCUUCAUAAAAUGAGAACAUUGAGUAGAAAUUCAUACAGCAAGGAAAAGCAAAAAAGUACUAAUAGUCUGAAUGACUCAGUAUUUAGAGAUGACAGUGAUGGCAGGUUUGAACAUAGACAAUCUGCAGGAUCCAGCUUGAAAAAGCAUGGGGCUAGACCCCUGGCAAUGAAGCAAUAUGAACAGGACAUGGCAGCAACUAAAAUUCAGGCAUGUUACAGGGGAUUCGUUGUCAGAAAAUACAGAUCUGCAGACCAGUUAGAAAGUUAUCCCAGAGGGUCUGUUCCAGAGGUGUUUAAUUACGUUUCCAUGGUGGAAAAUGAAAAGGUAAGUACAAAAAAUGAAACAGCAGUAACUCCAGCUCUAUCUGAAGUCUCACAUGAAUCUGAAGAAGAUAUCAAUGUUGUUGACAUCAUGGACAUCAAGCAAAAAGCAGCUUCCAAAAUUCAGGCAUAUUAUAAAGGAUAUCAGUAUAGAAAGAUGACAAGAAAUACAAAGAAACAUGCUGAGCAUGACAAAAACAUUACUGUUUUACAAACUAGUAUUAAAGGUGUCCUAAAAAUCAAAGGAGAUACUUUUGACAAUGCCUCCUUCUCUACAUCACCAUUCUCUCCACGAAUGGACGAGCCUCCAAAGCUUAUAAAGAAUGUAACCAGUAGCUACUCCAAUGAAACAAUGAAAAGACAGAUGACAGUUCCUCAAAUAAUACAGAGAGAUGUGAAUAUAACAUUAAUACAGUCUGCAUCAAGAGGAAUUGUUACAAGAACUUCUAAUCCAGAAGUGGAGAAAUGGAUACCUCAAGAUGGGACUUGGCAGAUUUGGAAUAGGGAUAAAGUAAUCCCAGAAGAUGCAAAGAAAAUUGACAGUGGCAUUUUUAAUUCAGGUACAUUUAUUUUAAAUCAGGAGGAAAGGAAAGACAGUACAAGUCCAGGGGAAUCAAAUCUGUCGUUUACAACUUCAGUUAUAAGACGUAGUCAAAGUGACAUAAAAAGAGAUGUUGAGAGUGACCUUGGUUACAGUAAAUGUUUAAGGAAUGGAGAAAGAGAUCAAGGGAGUAAUGAACAAGAACAGGGGAAAGAUGUAAAGAAUGAAUGUAGUGUGUAUGUUGAUAGUGGGCAAGAGAGUAUUGGGUAUGUUUUGGAGAGAAAAAGGAACUCGGAUUUGAGAAAUGAUGAUGGUGAUGGAAGAAACUUUUCAUCACUUUCUUUAAAAGAAGACUCUAAGAAGGCAGCAACAACAGGAAUGUGUACUCAAGAGAUUAAAAUAAGUGGACAAAAAGAAUUAAGUGAUAAUACAGCUGAAUUUAUUCAUGACAAAAAUGACAGAAUUAAAGAUGAGCAAUAUCAAAGGAAACGCACAGGCCCAGUAAGGGUUGUCCGUGAAAGAAGCCUUGUCAUCACAUCACAUGACAAAGACUCUGAAUCUGCCUCUUUAGAUUACUUGGAUAGUCAUUUGUUUGACAUAACAUACAGAAAUAGAAAACGUCCAAAAUCUUUGGAAUUGAAAAGAACUUUACCCAUUCUUCCAACUCCUUUGAUAUUUAGAUCCAAAACGGAAGUUGUCCACUGCAAAGGAACUGAGAGGAAAUUUUUUUCAGAGGAAAUGGUUGCAUUUUCAUUUCCAAGGAGAAUGAGAACAAGUUUAAUUGCUAAUGAUCCUGAUUUUGAGAGUCUUCCAAGUAUACAAUCAAGAUCUCAAUCAAGUGCUAGUAGGUCUCUGUACUUCGAUAACUCUGACUUGUUUAAGGACAAUGAGGAAUGCAGUAGAAGAAAGGCAUCACCUGCAAUUUCAGAACCUGUGGCUAAAUAUCCAUCAAAGGAAAAACUUGAUGGGGAAUUUAAAAAGGGCUCUACAUCUAAUCUGGGAAAUAAGCAGGUCUCGUUUCAUCUGCCUGAGGAAAGAAAGAAUGAAGAUAAAAAUGCAGACUUGGUAAGAAAGCAAAAUGAAUAUGGUGUAAACAAAAAUGAGGAAAGUGAGAAAGUGAAAGACUUUAUCGGAAAGGAAUUAAAUGAUAUGAAAGAGAAUGAAAUGGCGAUUGUGGUAAAACCCAGUACAAAUGACAGAGAGGUAAGUUCUACUAGAGAAAGUGCAAGAUCAGAUGAUGCAGACGUUUUGGGAAAUGUAAGUAGAAAUAAAAGUGAGAAUGAUUUGAAAUUUGACAAUGAGAUUGAAACUGGAGAGAAUGCUAGUGUGACAACUGCAAGGGGAACCCCUACUGAAGAACAAAAUCUUCAAUCUAGGUGUAGUAGUAUUGUAAAUUCUAACAGAUCCAAUAGUGGGAAAACUGUAUUUAGUGAUGAUGGCAAUGGUAGUAUGAAUAGAAUGAGAGUUAGUAUGAAGACUGGAGAAAUUAAUGAGGUAGGGUUGCAAAAAUCUGACACAAAUAGACCCACAGAGAUGUCUGGUGUAACUUCAGAGAGCUGUAUAAUCAACAAUGACAAUCCAGUAUUAAAUGUUGACGAAAGUGGUACAGUAGAAAAAGUUAAUGCAGGUGUUGUAGGGGAAGAAAAAGAUAGACCUAUUGAUGUUAAUUUAGAUGAUUGUACAGUAAAAGGUGACAAUCCAACAGCAACUGAUGAUGGGGAUGGGAGUAGAAAAAGAAUCCAUGAUACUGUUAUUGAUUGUAAGACUGAGAAAGAGAAGGAGAACAAAGAAAGUGAGGUUAAUUCAAAAAGUCUCAGAAUAAAUUCAGGUCAUACAUUGUUCAGUGAUGAUGGGGAUGGAAAGGCCAAGGUUAAGGCAAUUGGAAUUGGAAAUAGAUUUCCAGAAAAGGUCAGUGGAGAAUCCAUGGAUUCUCAACAGAUAAGUGCUGAUAUGUCAGGUGGGACUAGAAUCAGCAGUGGGACCCCUGUUCAUAGUGAUGAUGGGGAUGGAAGGGCAAUUCAGGGUAGGUCUAUCACAAUUAGGGGCAUUAAAGGAUCCAUCAUUCCCCAUCCCACCCCUUCUCAAGAUGUACCUAUCCCAGUCAAAAGAGAAGACAGGUAUGAUGUAGAUGCUAUUGACAGCCUUACUCAAAUGUGACCCAAAAAAAGUACAAAUUGCUUUCUAAAUUUUUAUUUUGUAUGUCAGUAAUGGCUUUACAAAAAAUAGUUUUACAUGAGUUUUAUAGGGUUUUGUUUCAUUGUCAAUGUUCUGAGAUAUUUUGAUUGCAAAUUGCACCUUGUUUUUUCUGCAACUUAUGCACAAACUCAACUUACACAUAGGAUUUUAAUAUUUUUAUGUUGUAAUUUUAAUAUGGUAUUUUGUAGAUUGCAUGAGCUUGUAAAGUUUUUCGUUAAUUCUAGGCUUUUUAUAUACUUUUAUAUAAACAAAUGUUAUUGAAUAUAAAUU